AAUUUACUUUUGAUAAAUAUUAGCAAGUUAAAUUUUAUUAUAUAAAUUAUUUUCAAAAAACUUAUUUUGCAAACCAUAGAUAACAUUUGUGGCACAGUAAGACGAUUAGUGAUGUUGUUGAAGACUUAAACGUUUACACAUCGUUUAUUUAUUAUCUUUAAAAAUUUGUUCUCUGUAAGCACUUUGACUUUAAUUAGCUUGUGAUUAUAAAAUCUCGAAAGGAGCCGAAUUUUAAAAUAUAAGAAUUUAUCAUUUCAGAGAAGAAUAUCUAAUCAAAAAGUUUUUGUUUUAAAAAUAAAAAAUUUUUUUUAAUAUCAUUAAAAGCCAUGAGUAUCUAAUUAGUUCAACAGUUUAAAUAUAUUUAUAAUUUUUCUGGAGAAUUAUAAACAUGAAGAACUCCCGAGGAAACAAUUGUGCGAUAUAAGUCGCGUGAUAUUUUGCAAUAAAUAAUGUAAAAGGAGAAAAUAGAAUAAUUUUAUUCUUUAUCACCCCGGAAAGUUUUAAUUAAUUAAUUAAUUAAUCAAUUGUUUAAAGAAUUUUUUUUUAAAAUGACUAAUUCGGAAGAAAGUCGCCCGUUAAUAAAUACCGAGUCAAUUGCAUCUACCAGUUCUAUUCCUCGGACUUAUAAUUCAGUUUAUUAUGGCUGCAAUGGGAAUCAACAGGCCGAUACGCCUGAUCAAAAUAUUCGAAGUGAGCUACAAAUGGAUCCAGCGGUUUCUUCGAGAUCAGAAGUUGAAGUCAUACUGGAUUGUUCGGAUAAAAUUACAUAUACAUGGAGUGAUGUUAAUGUCUACUGUAUGCAACGAAAUACUCGAGCUUGGGAUCGAUUCUACCGCAAGCGAAAACCCGUUGAGCAAAAACAUAUUUUGAAAGAUGUAUCAGGAGUAGCAUAUCCAGGAGAAUUAUUAGUAAUAAUGGGGUCAUCAGGAGCUGGAAAAACAACGCUACUAAAUGCACUUACCUUUAGAUCCGGCAGAGGAAUUACGGUGUCAGGAACGAUGGCUGCAAACGGCCGAAGAGUGACAUCAAGUGUGCUCACCUCGAGGACCGCAUACGUUCAACAAGAUGAUUUAUUUGUCGGGACUCUGACUGUUAAAGAGCACCUUCUGUUCCAAGCCAUGGUGCGGAUGGAUAGACAUAUCCCCUACAGACAAAGAGUUGAAAGGGUCAAUGAUGUUAUUUCUGAACUUGCCUUAACCAAAUGCCGAAAUACAAUAAUUGGAGUACCUGGCAGAGUAAAAGGGCUAUCGGGUGGAGAAAUGAAACGAUUGUCCUUUGCAUCGGAGGUCCUUACUAAUCCGCCUCUGAUGUUUUGCGACGAGCCGACAUCAGGUUUGGAUUCCUUUAUGGCCCAUCAAGUUGUUUCUGUUUUGAAGGCUUUGGCUGCGCAGGGUAAAACAAUAAUCGCUACUCUUCAUCAACCCUCUUCAGAGCUUUUCGCUCUUUUCGACAGAAUUCUACUGAUGGCAGAAGGCCGAGUCGCUUUUAUGGGAACCGCUGAUCAAGCUUACGCCUUUUUUAAAUCCAUGGGAGCCGUUUGUCCGAGUAACUACAACCCCGCAGACUACUUCGUCCAGGUUUUAGCGGUGGUUGCAGGCCGCGAAAUCGAGUGCAGACACACGAUAAAUACAGUUUGCGACACAUUCCAGCGGAGUGAUAACGGAAUUAAAAUAGCGCUUGAAGCUGAAACUAUUCAGGGCGAAUUUCAAGAUUCUUUUAAGCUUGCUAAGUAUCAUAAAAACAACAACAAUAGAUCGCCUUAUAAAGCUUCUUGGUGCGAACAGUUUCGAGCUGUUUUAUGGCGAUCUUGGUUGUCUGUUAUCAAAGAGCCUAUUCUUAUUAAAGUACGAUUGCUUCAAACUCUGAUGGUUUCGAUCCUGAUCGGAGUUAUUUAUUACGGCCAAAAAUUGGAUCAAGACGGCGUUAUGAAUAUUAACGGAGCGCUUUUUAUUUUUCUUACUAAUAUGACAUUCCAAAAUGUAUUUGCCGUAAUUACAGUUUUUUGCGCAGAACUUCCGAUUUUUUUACGAGAACACCAGAACGGAAUGUACAGAACAGAAGUAUACUUUAUUUGUAAAACAUUAGCCGAAGCUCCUAUUUUUAUCGCUGUACCGCUGCUAUUCACCUCAAUCGUUUAUCCGCUAAUUGGAUUAUAUCCAGGAAUAGAUCAUUUUUUUAUAACCACUGGAAUUAUUACUCUUGUAGCAAAUGUCGCUACUUCAUUUGGGUAUUUCAUUUCGUGUGUCAGUACGAAUAUUUCAAUGGCUUUAUCAAUAGGACCACCUGUAAUAAUUCCAUUUUUACUAUUUGGAGGUUUUUUCUUAAAUACUGCAUCUGUACCCUCGUACUUUGAAUGGUUUUCAUUUCUCUCAUGGUUUCGUUAUGGUAACGAGGCUCUUCUGAUAAAUCAGUGGUCUGAGGUUGAAACGAUUGCUUGCACACGGAGUAACGCAACUUGCCCUAAAAGUGGUCAUAUGGUUCUGCAAACAUACAACUUUGACGAGAAAGAUUUUUGGGCUGACAUCGUCGGUCUUAUCAUCCUCAUCAUCAGCUUUCGGUUCCUAGCAUUUUUGGCGCUCUAUUCAAAAACACUUCGCAGAGCUUCUAAAUAAUUUUUUUUUAUAAAAAUUUUAUGUAAUAAUUCUUAUAUUUUUAUUAAAUUUUUAAUUAAUAAAAAAACUUACU